AUGUCUCUCCGCCGAUCCCUCCUCCGCCCCCGACUGCCUUCGCUAGGCCGGCCCUUGUCACAAGCCUCGUCCAUCAGGAGUCAAUCCACCCAUGCGCCCUUCACAUACCGACUGGGUGCCUCAUCUAGCGGCAAGGGCAGCCCCGUAGCCCCUCCGAGCGACAACAAUCUGUUCCCUCAGGCUCUGCUGGACCGCGACGACCCAUACUUUACCUCGAUCGACAAGUUCUCUGGAGAAGAUGCCUUCUUCAUGGCCAAGAUUGCCCGUAGUGACAGACACGUCGUCUUUGGUCUCGCCGAUGGUGUAGGAGGCUGGAGAGACUCGGGCAUUGACCCUGGACGAUAUUCGCACGGUCUGUGCAGGUACAUGGCCCAAAAGACGCAUCGCCCAGAGGCCGAGAGUGAUCUGAAGCCUCGCAACUUGUUGCAGUACGGCUACGACCGGGUCAUGAGUGAUAGGAGCAUCCAGGCUGGUGGCUGCACUGCCUGUAUUGGUGCCAUUGACCCGUCUGGUGCUCUGGAAGUCGCCAAUCUGGGAGACUCGGGCUUCCUCAUCCUUGCGCCUGGCAAGGUCUCAUUCAUGUCACCUGCUCAGACACACGCAUUCAACACGCCUUACCAGCUUAGCAAGCUCACACCACGCAUGCAAGCCCAGAAUCGCAUCUUUGGCAACACCGGCCAGAUCUCAGAAACCCCUCAACAAUCCGAUGUGACCACUCAUACACUACAGCAUGGUGAACUCGUCAUCUUCGCAACUGAUGGUGUACUGGACAACCUGUCUGGCAUGGAUAUCCUCAACAUUGUCCAGCCCAUCAUGGAGAAGCGUGGUUACUGGGCCGCCGCAUCAAAAGAAGCCAUCGUUAAAGCUGACACGCUGCGGGAUCCCAAAAAUGCUGACGACAUGUCGACACUGCCUUCCGAGAUAGCCUACUCCGUCAUGCGCAAUGCCAAAAUUGCUGGCAUCGACACCCGCAGAGAUGGUCCCUUUGCAAAGGAGGUUCACAAGUACUUCCCCAACGAGGAGUACCAUGGUGGAAAACCUGACGACAUUGCUGUCAUUGUUGCUCUUGCCAUUCAGGAUGGUGCGCCCAAAGCAAAGCUAUAG